UACAACACCAAUUUGUUUACAGUCAUUUGCUUACCAAAAGAAAACAUACUAUAUAUAUUAUACUUCACUUUGUGUUUCCGGGAGGCAAGAAUGGGGGAUUCUAGGAGGUUGAGAAUGGUGGGCCUACUGGUGAUGGUGGUGGCCGCCGCGGCGGUGGUGAUGGUGGAAAGCAACUCCACGGUGGCGUGGAGUGGGACAGGGGCAGCGACGGAUAAGAUAGAGGGGCACCCAGAAGAAGCGAAAGUUGGUAUUGAUCAAGUGGGGGAAGAGAUCACUCAGGAAGCUACUCCUUGGACAGAAUGGGCUAAGGAGAAAAUUCAAAAGGGGCUCGGCUUGAAGAACUCUGCUGACGAUGCGGCUGCGGACGGCAAUGAUAAUAUCCAGCAAGUUGUGUCUGGAGAACGUAUGUCUGACUCUGCUAAAGAAGCAAAAUCAAAGGCAUGUCAAACUGCAAGUGAAGCCUCAGGCAAAACAAAGGAGAAGACAUACGAAGCUGCUGACGAGGCAGCCAAUAAAGCGUCAAAUGCAAAAGAUGCCACUGUUAAGAAGUCCCGUGAAGCAAAGGAUAAAGCAUAUGAACAAGCUAAUGAGGCCGCAAACAAGGCUUCAUCGUUAAAGGACUCUGCCACUGACAAGGCGAAAGAAGUGGGAAGCAAAGUUCAAGACAGUGCUGAAAAGGCUAAGAAGAAGGCAAGUGAAUCAACUCAACAAGCAAAGGAGAAAGCAUAUGAAACUGGUAGUGAGGCUGUAAACAAGGCUUCGAAUGUCAAAGAUGGAAGUGUUAACAAGGCUUCAUCCUACAAGGACUCCGCCACCGAGAAGGCCCAAGAAGUGGGAGAAAGGGUUCGAGACAAUGCAAAAGAGGCUGCAAACAAGGCAAGUGAAACAACCCGACAAGGGAAGGAAAGAGCAUACCAAAGUGUUAGUGAUGCAGCUAACAAGGCCUCAUCGAUGAAAGAUGCAACCAUCGAGAAGGCCCAAGAUGUGAAGGAGAAGGUCCAAGAUAAUGUAGAAUACGCCUCGAAGAAGGUAAAAAACAAGGCCCAACAAGAAGCGGAAGUAGCAGCCCAAAAGGCCAAGGAGGCUAAAGAUGACAUAGCCCAAAAGGUUGAGCAAGCAAAGGAGAAAGUGGUUGAUACAGCCCAAGAUGCAAAAGAGACGACUCGUGAAUGGGGAAAGAAGGUGCCCGAAGAGGCAACAUCGAAGGAGGCUGAGGUGGAGGAUAACAUAAAUUGGACCAAGGAGAAGGAAAAGAGAGGAUAUGGUGAAGGAAACAAGAAAGCUAGUGAGAGUAUAGACGAUGCCAAGGCCCAGAGAUCGAUGCCUAAGCAACGCCGCGAUGAGGAGCUUUGAUAGUGUUGAAUUCGGUGUUUAUGUUUCGCAGUAGUCUUUCUUACUAGAAUAGUGGACGUGGUGUUCUCUUAUGGAAAUAUAAAUGAUGGCCUUAUAUUGUCCUUACUAUUUGCGAUAAAGGUUCAUGAAUGCGGCAGUAGUGUAUGUAAUUUGGUAUUUGGAGGUUCUGUUUGUUAGUAGUUUUUCUAACUAGGAUGCAGGUUCGUUUUUGGGUUGUGGUCUUUUCUGAAUAUGGCCUUGUAUUGUCCUAAAUAUUUGCGUUAAAGGUUUCUGCAACAACUUGGUACAAAUGUUUGUAAUUUAGUAUACGAGUGUAGGUUAUAGACUCCUAGUUAAGUCAUAUAUGUUGAACUACUGUCAUAUAGUUUAUUAGUCUUUCUU